UCGUUUAAGUCGCAACUAAACUUUUAAAGGAAAACAAAAAAGUGAUUCCGAGUGUUAUUCAUUGAAUUAUAGCGGAGUAAUUAGUGGAUUAUAAAUGACGCAACAAUAUUAAAUCAUAUAAUUUAUAUGCGGUAAAUGAACAACUUGGAGCAACAUAUAUGAAAAAUGUGAUACAACAUUUUAAUUAAUUAUAUUAAUAGAAAACUUUCGUGGUUUUUUAGCAAAUAUCUGCUUUCGCUUGCAUAUAUAAAAUGUGUAACAAAGUCAUUAGACGUUCAAUUAAUUAACAAAAGUUGAUUGUAGCAUGAAAUGUUAUAAAUUGCAAAUUUUUCAUUGUUUUCAAGAGAUCGUUUAAUAAACUGCCAUUGUGAAAAAGAAAACGUUGUAGUGAUAAUAAGAUUGUAAACAAAAGUUUAAUUGCAAACACACUUAUAACGGUUUUGUGACAUCAUCCUUGAAUUGGUCUACGAAGGUUGUCCACACUUAAUCGGUUCCUAAAUACAAUGAUUAAUUUAUUAAAGCGCUUACGUAGUAUGAUAUUUAAAUCAGCAGCUGAUUAAAACUGUCGAUGGAGACAAAUCGUUUUUGUUUCUGUUUUGUUUUCCCCUCACAACUUGUAAUGAUGAACUUAAUCAAUGAUAAUAGACAAAAACGUAACUGUGAACCCCAAUAGUAAAUUGAGCAAUGUUUCGUGACAGCAUUUAAAGUAUGAAUUAAGUUUUCGUGACAUUUGUUGUGUUUACUAAGCACGAUACAAGUGCAUGUGGUUUUCUCAUGAACAAAAUGAACAGUUAGGAGUCGUAAAUUAAUAUGCAAUUAUUUAUUUAUUUAUUCUACAAUUCUAUUGAUCAUUUGACAACUUUUUUAAUUAAUAUUCCAAAAACAAAUCAAUAUUUUAUCAAGAAUAUUUUGAGAUGACUUUUUCAAUCGCCAACGAUUGCAUCAGAUGUUAAAUUUCUGUUCGUUUUUUUAUUCAGCCUUGAAAAUUAUUUUUUCUUUCAUAAGAUUUCCUAGAUAUCUGCGUGUAGUCACGUGCACCGUUUUUCGUGAAUCGUUUAUGAUUAAAUUAUGAGAAUAAUUUUGAUUUGCAGUUUAUCGAUUCCCAUGUAAAUUCAACGUAAAUAAUUUCUCGUAACGCAAUUAACUCGACACAUUUUUGUUCCUUCCAGUCAAUCGAUUAGAAAGAAAAUAAAUAAGAAUUUACAAAUUAAAGCACAUGUCGAUGUGUCACUAGGCUCUCCCAUCUAGCAAAGUGCACAGAUCACGCUCAUUAAUAAAUGCAAUUAACUUCAUUUUCCUGAAUUAUUGUGAUGAAGUAUUUACGGCCAAAUAAGCAAAUAAAUAUUUAAUCAAUGUGUGAACAAGGCAACGAGAUUUAAUGUAAUUUCGUUAUUGUUCUGCAGAGAUUGAAAGUUCAAUUACAUACCAGCAAAAUAUUUUAUUCCGUGUGUGAAAAUUAGUUCAAUGACACAAUGUUAUGAAAAAUUAAAAAAGAAAAGUGAAGAAUAAUAAAAAUAAAUAAUUUUAAAUAAUGGUAGCACGAAAAUUAUCUUCAUACGAUAUCGCAUCAUCUGUUGAAAAUUUUAGUAAACGUCCAAGUGUUUAUAUUGAUCCUGAAAGUGAUAUUUUUGAAGGACUUCAAUACCUUCAAAGUGUCGACCGUCAAAACCGUAUAAACUGCCUUCACAUAUGGCGGAAAUCGUCAGCUGCAUUAGAAGCUAAGAAGCAACCACUCAAAACAUUCAAUGAUGUUAAAGGUCUCAUCCAGCAAGGGAAAAAGCGUGAAGUUAAACUUCUUAUACGUGAGAAUGCUUGGCCAGUUAAUUCAACAGUUCGAGCUCAACUAUGGCCUGCACUUUGUGCACAACAUCAUCAUGGAAAAGGAAUGCUCGAAGGCUUCUACUGGGACAUGGUGAAUCAGGUUUUCGGAACAACAGAACUUCCUGAGAAGCCAAUAAUGUUGCCGCCGUUCGUUGACUCAACUCAUUGUCUGCCGUAUCAUCUAACAAAGAAAGGAAGAGCUGUUGCAGAUCGUGUUGUCAGUGUUUUAGGCUACGCUUGUCCUGACAUCACUUACAGUCCAUCUCUCUACCCCAUUACCGCCAUUCUUCUACAUUUUAUGUCAGAGGAAGAAUGUUAUCAUUGCAUGGCGAGCUUAGUUGCAGCCAAAGAUAAAGUUUUCAUAACUCAAACGAAGCUUCUUCAUGAAGUAACGUGGAAGACUGUCAUGCAAAUUGGCAAGAAAUAUGCUAAGAAUGCGGUGAUUUAUCUGCAAAGAAUGUGCGACAAUCAAAAGACGGAACGGAUCUUUAUCGAUUGGUGUUGGUGGAUAUUGGGAGCUUUACCUUUUCCACAUUUAGUUCGCGUUAUGGAUUGUUACUUCCAUGAAGGCAUUAAAGUAUUAUAUCGCGUUGCAUUGGCAAUAUUAAUCUUGUUUCAUAAGCACACGACACAAAAUUCAUCAGAGUGGAAUUCCGAUUCCAUCAAAAAUGACAUUGACAAUGCAAUUCCUAAGUUUUGCAAGCAAAUACCUGUUACGCCAUUGAAAUUGAUGAGAACGGCGUUUAGUAUAAGAGCACUGAGCUCAUCAUAUAUCACACGAGUGUUCAUAAAGACUGAAAUGCUGUUGAAGAGUAAAUCUGUGUGCAGUGGCUCUAAACAGUUGGUGCGCUCACGAUCCAGUGAUAACUUGCCAACAAGUCAAUCGCAAGUUAACAUUCAAAUGAUGUCGCACACUUUGACAAUACGUGAGGGAGCCCAUUCGCCCGAUGUUCGUGGCGUUUCAUUGGGCGUUUUUCCUAUCCAAGCAAUAAAAAGUAAUGUUCUUGAUCAAAGUGAUUUGUUCACACUUUGGUCGUGGCUACCUGUGAGGAUAACAAUGUAUCAGCCAGUUCUCUUAUACACCACCGAAGAGCAUGGAUGCUCUCUGACGACAUUCUUUAUUCGAGUUGAACAGCAUGAACCGACGCUUUUAAUGAUUAAAACGUGCAAUAAUGAGGUAUUUGGCGCAUACUGUUCAUCAAGAUGGUGCGAGCGAAACCUUAAAGACGAUCGAGGCCAAAGACAAGCGUAUUUUGGUACUGGCGAGACAUUCCUUUUCUCACUGUAUCCUGAACGUGCUAAAUAUCCGUGGGUUGGUAUUGACAGUGACAAGAAUGUGGCACAUGCUUCAGAAUUGUUUAUGGCAGCUGACAAUAAAAUGAUAACAAUUGGUGGAGGUGACGGUCAAGCCAUUUGGAUGGAUGAAAAUGUUAGAUUUGGAAAGUCAGAUGCAUGUAAAACAUUUAACAAUCCACCUCUUUGUGCAUCUGGAGACUUUGAGAUUCGAGUGUUGGAAGUUUAUGGAUUUGUGGGAGCUUAAAAGCUUUGACAUUCUUUAUUUGACAUUUUAAUGAAAGCUAUCAUCCUUGUAAUUAUUGUCGUCGUGUGCACAUAAAACAAGAACAUUCAUCAUAAAGAAAAAAUCGCUAUAAAAUUUCAUGAAGUUUAUUAGCAGCUGUGUCCGUUAAGCAUCAAAUGAAUUAAUUAGAAGUAGAGGAACAGAAAAUGGUGUAACUUCAAAUAUAAGAUAAUCUAUUUUGAGAAUACUGAAAUUUCACCAUUUUUCGUAGCUUUCAACAGAACAAUAUUCACUUGACUUAAGCUUCAAAACAUUUGUUUGUUAUAAUUCACAAAAAACACAAAUUUUAUGUGAGCUUUCAUGUGACAACGAUUUGUAAUUGAUGCCAGAAUGUGAAUUCAAAUUAAUUAAAUAUUAAUCAACGAACAAUAAUUUAUCUUCAUGAUGAGUCAGUCGAAAAGGUUGAUUGAAAUUGCAUUCCAGAAGAUGAUUUGUGAUGAAAGUUUAUUCGGUUGUUGAAAGUAAAAAGAAUUUAAACUUUUACUACAAAAUAUCGUUUUUAUGAAAUUAACAUUUUCUUCAUACCUAUUCGUGUCCAUAAAAUUUACUAAAAGAUUUUUUAGAAAAUUUCUUAGUCACAUUGCAUAAGUCACCAGUUUAAAGAGAAAGAAAAAUGAAAUUUCAUUCCAGAAAAAUUCGCGGUCGAUGAGAUUAUUUAAAUUCUUCAAAAUAUUAGUAAUUGCUACCUAAGUUGAUUUGUUAAAAGAUAAAUGAAUACAACAGAAAGGACGUAAUUAUAUAAAAAAAUGAAAGAAGCUUUGAUCAACAUCAUAUUUAUUAUUUUAUGAGAACAAAAAUGAGAAUGAAAAGGAAGAAAUAAUUAUUUGAUACCAAAAAGAAAUUCAAUUUCAAUUUGUUAAAGAAUUAAUAAAAAGAAAUGUUUAAAUUUAUAAGAAUAUUUAAAGCAGGAAGUUCUUAUCAAUUCUGGAGCAAUAAUUAAAAAAAAAACAAAAACAGAACAAAAAUUUUAGAAAGUAAAUUUUAUGAAAACGUGUCGUGAGAUUCCAUUAUUAGAAUAGAUGUUAACGUGAUUAAAUAAAUUAAGGAUUUGCUUACAUACCUAAUUGCUUAUGUAUUACGUUUAAUCACAAUACCAGUCGUAAAAUAUUGAUGAAUUUUUAAUUGUUUAGUUUGUUUCCGUAGACGGAUGAUAAAAGUUUAAUUAAAAGUUUUUGAAAGGAAAAAGAAGAAUAAUAAUGUGUAUGUAUUGAUCAAGUCUAUAGUUUUAUGAAAAGUGAAGUUGUAAUUAAAUCAAAUACAUGCUCUGGGUUAAGUUAUAAAUCUUGCGAUGUUUAUUUAUCAAUUUUUGUUUCAGAUUUUCCAGCAGUUUGAUUGAGUAACGGCUCUUUGAAAUUUAAACAUAAAAUUAUGCUCAAAAUCACAAAUAGAUGGCGCUACAUGUGUCAAUAGAUCUUUUUCGUGAAGUCUUACGGAUAAAUUAAAAAGUUUUUAAUUUGCUUGUUAAAAU